AAACCAAAAAGAAAACUAAAGAAAGAUAUGGCAAUGGAGAAGCAAGCGACUGCUGGAGAGGUGCCGGUAAGCCCGUUUUCACGGCUAUUCAGCUUACCGGGUUUCGACUGCUUCAACAUUGUAACCAUCGGAUUCAAAAAUGAAGCCAACCCACCAGAUAUAAUCGAAGGCUUGAAGAACACAUUGAUCAACCACCCACGCUUCUCAAGCAUACUAGAGACAGGUCUUGGUGAAGACAAAGCAAAAUGGAUUCCCACUAAAGUAAAAGUUGAAGAUCAUGUCAUUGUUCCGGAUAUAGAUCCCACCAUUGAAAAUCCUGAUCAGUUCCUGGAGGACUAUACAUCAAAUAUGGUUUUUUCACCAAUAGAUAUGUCAAAACCAUUAUGGGAGAUACAUGUAUUGAAAAUGAAGACAUCAGAUGCAGAAUCUCUCGUUGUGGCGAGAUUUCAUCAUUCUUUGGGUGAUGGGAUGUCUCUUAUGUCUCUUUUACUCUCUUGUAGUCGAAAAAUAAGUGACCCCGAGGCAUUACCCACUUUGGUUUCUCCAAAGAAAAGCAAAGUAACCAAAGUUUGUUGGUCGCUAGUUGCUUGCUUUUGGUUAAUAGUAAGACGAGUGUUCCACACUUUUGUUGAAGUUUUCAAGUUUUUGAUCAUUUUAUGUUCCGCCCGCGACUCUGCGACUCCUCUUAUGGAAAAAUCAAGUGCUACACUUAACACUAAUAAGUUUAUUCAUCGAGUCAUUAGUUUGGAUGAUGUGAAAGUCGUGAAGAAUGCAAUGGAUAUGACUGUGAACGACGUUACUACUGGGAUGGUGCAAGCUGGUCUUUCACGAUACUUGAGUCAAAAAUAUGAUUCUGAAACAAAUCCGAAGCUAAGAAAAUCUCUAGAAAACACAUGUCUUCGUGGUGUUGUUUUCUUUAACCUAAGAGCAAAUAAAAAAAUCGAGGAUCUUGCUACAAUGAUGGUGAAACGUUCAACGUCAAGAUGGGGAAACGCAAUUGGUUAUGUUAUGUUUCCGCUAUCGAUUAGUACUGAAAAUGAUAUAUUUGAAUACGUCCGACGAGCCAAAACCAUAAUGGACAGGAAAAAACUCUCCCUCGAACCUUUAUUUUCCUAUGUGUUGCUCAAAUUGACCGUGGAAGUUUUUGGAUUCAAGGCACUAAGAACUCUUGCAAUGAGAAUUUUCGGUCGCUCAACAAUCAUAAUGUCAAAUGUUGUCGGUCCAUCAGAAGAAAUAAGCCUUUUCAACAAUCAUAUAUCUUAUGUUGCCGCAAGUAUAUCUGGUAUUCCACAGGCACUCAUUGUCCACAUAACAAGCUAUGUAAACAAAGUUAUCAUCAAUCUCGGAGUUGAUCUCGACGUGAUUCCAGACCCUCAUCACCUUUGUGAUCUCAUAAUCGAAGCUCUUCACAUGAUGAAAUCCAAAGCCGAAGAAAGAAGUUCUGCUGAUUUAGACGUUUAA